UGAUUCAGAAAAGAACAAUCUGUAUGCAACAUCACUUAAAUUCAGACUUUUAAGACAACAUGGUUUCAAUGUUUCACAAGGAUGAGACCAUGAACUUUAGCACAGAACUCUAUCGGGAUUUAAAUGAAAUGUUAUCAUUGUAUGAAGCUUCAUUCUUAUGUAUAGAAGGUGAGAACAUUUUAGCGGCAGCAAAAUAUUUUACAAUCAACUAUUUAGAAAAAUACAUGAGAUCGUGCAACGAUGAAUAUGAAGCAUCCAUUAUUAGACAUGCGUUGGAGUUUCCCAUACAUUGGAGAAUAUCAAGAUUGGAUGCAAGAUGGUUCAUUGAUAUCUACGAGAGAAAAGUGGAUAUGAACCCUAUUCUUCUUGAAAUUGCUAAAUUAGAUUUCAAUCGAGUUCAAUCCAUCCACCAAGAAGAUCUUAAAUAUGCAUCCAGGUGGUGGAGGAGCACUGGAUUUACCGAAAAGUUGAGCUUUGCAAGAGAUAGAUUGAUGGAAUGUUUCUUUUGGACCGUGGGUAUGGGAUUUGAACCUGAGCUCUCAUCUUUUAGAAGAAUGGCCACAAGAAUUGGUGCAUUAAUAACGACAAUAGAUGACAUUUAUGAUGUAUAUGGCACAUUAGAUGAACUUGAGCUUUUUACGGAAGCCGUAGAAAGGUGGAAUGUUGAUGCACUGGACCAGCUACCUGAUUAUAUGAAAAUAUGUUUUCUUGGUCUCCACAAUUCUGUAAAUGAGAUGGCUUUUGAAAUGUUGAGAGACAAAGGAAUUAAUGUGAUCCAAUACCUUAAGAAAACGUGGGUAGAUUUAUGCAAAUCUUAUAUCUUGGAGGCUAGGUGGUAUCACACCGGUUAUAAACCAACAUUAGAAGAGUAUCUAGACAAUGCAUGGAUUUCAAUAGGAGUACCACUUCUACUAGUUCAUGCAUAUGCUUCCGAGACAUCUCCGAUGCUCCAAGACAUGGAGAGCUUGGAAGAACAUAUUGAUAUAAUUCGUUGUUCUUCCAUAAUUGCGCGACUUGUUGACGAUCUUGGAACAUCAACGAUCGAAUUAGAGAGAGGCGAUGUUCCAAAAUCAAUACAAUGUUAUAUGAAUAAUAUGGGAGCUUCAGAGAAGAGUGCUCGUGAACAUAUAAAACAUUUGAUUGAUGAGACGUGGAAAAAGUUAAAUACGGUUGAUGUUGAGAAUUCAUUCUUUCCUCGUGUGUUCAUCGAGAUAGCUAAAAAUCUUGGUAGAAUGGCUCAAUGCAUAUAUCAACAUGGAGAUGGACAUGGCGCUGAGCACCAAAAAAUAAACGAUAUUGUAAUGUCUCUACUUAUUCAACCUAUUUUCAUGCAACCCAUUUGAUGAUGAUCCAAGAAGUUGAUACAGUUUAGUGUGGGAGCACAUUUCUUUUUUCUUUUAAUGUACAACUGGUUCUGCCUUAGUUUUUCAAAUACUAGGUAUAAGUGCACUUUCUAUUCGUCAAU